AUGGCGUGCGAGAAUCCUGAGCACGCGGCUCUCGAGAGCGAGCUGAACGAUGCUCUGGAAGAAGCCCUGCAGAUGGAGGAGCGCCUCGCCGCGUACGAGGCGGCCGGGGCAGGGGCUGAAAUCGACGGCGGGGGUGCUGCUGCGGCGAAGGCCUUGGAGGAGAUCGCAGCGCUGACGGAGCAGGCGGGUACUCUGGAGAAGGAGCGCGAUGCCUACGAGCAGGACUAUUUGAAUCAGAAGGAUAGAGUCGACAACCUGGAGACGCAGCUCGAGGACAAGGAUCGGAAGGCCAAGGAGCUGGACAAGCUGCGGCGGAAGCUCGAGGAAGACUUGGAGAACACGCGGAAGCUUCUCCAGACCGAGAAGAGAAAGGCCGCGGACGCUCAGAAGCGGGCCGGCGGCGCGGACAAGACGAGGCGCACCGAGCAGAGAGACCAGAUCAAGGUCCUGCAGGAGCUGCAAGACCUGAGGUGUGGCACGCACGGCUGCGGGGUGUAUUACGAAACAGCACAAAUGAUGACAGGAAUCCCCUCAGCUGAAAAUAUGCGUCACAUGUCGCAGAGGGGCUGCAGGGAGCGAGCGGAGGACCUAGAGGCUCAGGUGAAGGAGAGGGACGUGGUGGUCGAGGAGCUGGUGCUGAGCAACCAGGCGCAGAUGGAGAGAAACGAGACCCUGACGGUGCAGAACGAAGACCUCCGGGGGGAGUUCAACGAAGCGGUGCGCCGGCGCCGGAAUUAG